AUGGCGGUGGUUGGCCUUGAUAUGGGAAAUUUUUCCUCCUAUAUCGGUGUUGCUCGUGCUGGUGGUGUUGAAAUAAUUGCAAAUGAAUAUUCAGAUCGUCUUACUCCAACUUAUGUUUCAUUCGAUAAAUCAACUCGUGUAAUUGGUCAGGCAUCAAAAGCCAUGGAAAUAACACAUGCAAAAAAUACAAUUUGUAAUUUUAAACGAUUAUUAGGACGUCGAUAUCAAGAUAUAUAUGUUCAACAAGAAAAAGAAUAUAAUACUUAUUCAAUUGUCGAAGGAAAAGGAUCGUCAGUUAAUAUCGAAGUAAAUUAUCUUAAUGAACGUAAACGUUUUACACCUGAACAAAUAGCUGCUAUUAUGCUAGGUAAAUUAAAACAUAUUACUAAAGCUGAAUCAGCAAUUAAAGCUAUUGAUUGUGUUAUUGGAGUGCCUUGUUUUUUUACUGAUGCCGAACGACGAGCAAUGCUUGAUGCUGCAUAUAUAGCUGGAUGGAAUUGCCUUCGAUUACUCAAUGAAACAACAGCUGUUGCACUUUGUUAUGGUAUCUAUAAAGGAGAUCUACCUGAACAGUCGGAAAAACCUCGUAUUGUUGCAUUUGUUGAUUUGGGUUAUUCAGCAUUACAAGCAUCUAUAGUUGCAUUAAAUAAAGGCAAAUUAAAGAUGAUUGCAACUGCAUUCGAUUUAUCAUUGGGCGGACGUGAUUUUGAUCGUGUUAUAAUGGAUGCAAUGCGUGAUGAUUUUCGAAAACGUUUUAAACUUGAUUCAUAUAGUACAGUUAAAGCUAAAUUAAGAUUACGUGCUGAAUGUGAAAAAGCAAAAAAAUCCAUGUCAAGUAAUGUUCAACCAAUGCCAAUCGCACUUGAAUCAUUUAUUGAUGAAAAAGAUGUUAAUGGUAAAAUGUCAAGAGCUGAAUUUGAAGAAUUAGCUAAACCAUUAUUUGAUCGAAUACGAACUACACUUACAAAUCUUCUUAAAGAAGCUAAAAUUACUCCUGAAGAAAUUGAAUCCGUUGAAAUUGUUGGUGGUUCAACACGUAUUCCUGCUGUAAAACAAAUCGUUCAAGAGGUUUUUCGUAAAACUCCAAUGACAACAAUGAAUUCGGAUGAAAGUGUUGCACGUGGUUGUACAUUAAUGUGUGCUAUGUUAAGUCCAACAUUUAAAGUAAAAGAAUUUAAAAUUGAAGAUUGUCAACCAUAUCCUAUUACAUUAUCAUGGCGUGGUGGAAUUAAUGAAGACAGUGAAGUUGAAGUAUUUGCUCGUUGGAAUCCUAUACCAUCAUCAAAAAUACUUUCAUUCUAUAAAAAAGAACCAUUAACAAUUGUAUCACGUUAUUCAUAUCCAAAUGAUAUUCCAUUUUCUGAAUCACGUAUUGGUAUGUUAAAUGAAAGCAUAGAAUUCUAUCCAUGCAUGAUCUUAGAUAUCAGUCAAUAUACAAUUGACCAAAUACAAGCUCAAGCUAAUGGUUCACCAUCAAAAAUCAAAGUUAAAGUUCGUCUUAAUCGUAAUGGAAUAUUUGAUAUAUCACAGGCAGCACUUGUUGAUCAAACUCAAGAAUCAACUGGUAAGGGAUCAUGUAAAACUACAAAACAUUCUCGAUCUAAACAUUUUCUAAAAGACGAUACCAUGGAUACAAAAGGAGGAACAGAAAAUAAUCCAGAUCUAAAUACUUCAGCUACAAGUGAACCAAUGGAUGACAAUAAUACAGCUACUAACGAAGCUCAACAGGAUAAAGAUGAUGAAGGUGAUGAAUCAAAAAAAAGUGCAACAAAAAAGAAAAGAAAAGAAAUUGAUUUACCAAUUAUAUCUCGUGUAUCAGGCGCAACAAAACAAGAACUUGAUCGAUUAAUUGAACAAGAAAAUGAAAUGGUUUUACAUGAUAAAAAAGAAAAAGAACGUUCCGAUGCGAAAAAUGCUGUUGAAGAAUAUGUUUAUGAUAUGCGUGGAAAAUUAGAUGGAGGUGAAUAUGAAAAAUAUUCUGAUGAUAGAAAUCGACAAAAAUUACUUAAUGAUUUACGAACAACGGAAAAUUGGUUAUAUGAUGAUGGUAUAAAUCAAGACAAGAAUGUUUAUAUUGAACGAUUAAAAAAUUUAAAACAUCUUGGUGAACCAAUUCGUAAUCGAUAUUAUGAAGCUACCAAUCGUCACUAUCAUAUGCAAGAAUUUAUGAAAACAUUACAACGUAUUGAUGAAGCUAUACAAACUUGGCAAAAUAAAACUAAUGAUAAAUAUUCUCAUAUUGAUAAAAAUGAUAUUGAAAAAGUUUAUAAAAUUUUACUUGAAAAACAAAAAUGGUAUGAUCAAACAGCAAAUCGUUUGAAUACAUUAAGAAUGCAAGAUGAUCCAACAAUUCUUUGCGCACAAAUCAAACAAGAAAAAGAAGCACUCGAAAGAGAAUGCUUGUCAAUAUUGAACAAACCUAAACCAAAGGUUGAACUACCGAAAGAUAAUACACCAGCUGAUACUUCCAAAAAACAAGCUCCGCCAUUCAAUGGUCCACCACCUCCACCUCCGACAACUUCAAACAAAAAAUCAUCGAAAAAUCAACCACCAACAUCGCAACAAACGACAUUAAAUUUUGAUUAA